GGGAGUCUCUUGUUGUUCUGUCUUUCUAGUAACCGUGUAAUAAUCCUCUUAGGGCUUUCAUGGCUUCGAGCGAGUCCUCUGUUCCUGCACCUUCUUCGACAUCAUCUAGGGUUGGUUCAGGAACCGUUGGAAAGGCAGUUGAUGCCCUUCUGAACUGGAAUGAAUCCAAGAAAAAGCAGCAGAAAGCCCAGCUAAUAGAGGAAGAUGACUUCCUCUACCUCAUUCUAACCCUUAAGAAGAUCCCUGCAAAUGGCCGCACGAACCCUUACAAGAUCCCUCUACCACACCCUCUUCACUCCCCAGAAGAGGAACUCUGUCUCAUCAUCGACGAUCGCUCCAAAGCUCGUCUCACCUCUGAAGCCGCCAAAAAGAAAGUUCAGGCCGACGGAAUCCCCAUCACGAAGGUCCUCAAGCUUUCCAAGCUCAAAACAGAUUACCGUCCAUUCGAGGCCAAGCGCAAGCUCUGCAACUCCUAUGAUCUCUUUUUCGCUGAUAAACGAGUCAUUCCUCUCCUUCCAAAGCUAUUGGGUAAGCAGUUCUUUAAGAAAAAGAAGAUUCCCAUACCAGUCGAAUUGACCCACAAGAACUGGAAGGCGCAGAUUGAGCACGCUUGUGGGUCUGCCCUUCUAUACUUGAGGACCGGCACUUGUAGCGUUCUUAAGAUCGCCAGGGUCUCUCUGGGUCGGGACGAGAUUGUUGCCAAUGUUGUUUCUGCCAUUGAUGGGAUUGCGGAGAUCAUCCCAAAGAAGUGGGCAAAUGUUCGGUCCUUUCAUUUGAAGAUGAGUGAGUCUCUAGCAUUGCCGCUUUAUCAGUCUGUUCCUGAUAUGGUUUUUAAAAUCGAAGGGGUUAAGAAGAAAGAAGAGGAGAGUAAAGAAGAAAUACCUGCUGGGUUGGAGUCAGGGAAGGAAGGUAAGCUGAAGGAUGAGAAGAAGUCUGGAAAGAAGAAGGUUUCGAAGAAGGGGAGGAUUCAUGAAGUGCGGUACAUGGAUAACAAUCUUGACGAGUUGCUGGGCAAUGAAGAAUUGGAUGGUGAUGAGGAUUCUGACGAUGGCGAGGAUAAUGAUAAUUAUGAUUUGGGCAUCGCUGAGUUGCUGAGUAAAAAGAGGAAGAAAGUGCAUAGGAUGAAGGGGGACCCGGUUCUUAACGAGUUGAAUGGUGAGAAACAUCCAAAGAAACCAGAAAAGUUGAAGAAGGGGGAUGCUGUGAAAAAGAAGAAGGGUCUAAUUACUUCAGAAAGUGGGGUUAAAGAAGCCAUGGCUAUUGCUGAUGGACCAAAGAAGAAUAAAAAAAGUAAAAUUGCUAAGUCAGAGGGUGUGGGAAUGAAGACUAAGAAUAAGAAGAGUAGCAGAAAACAAACACCAGAGUGAUACCUCUGUAAGGCAUUUAUCCCUUGGUUAUAACUAGCCUUAUCUAUCAGCUGGGGUCUUCACUGUUGGUUGGGCUCCCUGUAAUCAAGUACGCUUGUGUUCUAGAAGUCCUUUUGCAGUUUUUAUUUAUGCAGUCAAUUUUGGUAUUUUGUUGUCAUUCCUUUUUAUUAGUCAGUGCAGUGCAAGCAUUUGAGAUUGGAUGAUCAGAGUUUUUCUGCAAAUUAAUGGAAAUAUAAUCUCUUACUCC